GGGCGUUUCUCACACGUGAAUCGCCCUGGCGAGGAAACUGAGCGGAAUCUGUGGCUCCUGAGGCGCGUGGAUCACUUUGUCGACUGCCUAUUGUCGAGCCAAGAUGGCGGAGACAGAGCGCUCCUUUUCCUAAAUGAAAGAGAGAGGCGAGGGGGUGGGUCUACAAUUGCAACACAGCUGAUUCUUGUUUUCUUUUUUUGCAGAGAUUCACGGGGGCAUCUUUUUACUUGUUUCCUCUUUUUCCGUCUUGCUUUUUCUUUAAACUUGACCUGGCUUUCGCCCUCGGCCUCACGUUUUCGAUAAUGUGGACAUGUUUUGGUCAGAAGAGCAGGUGUUGAGCUCCGGGGGUGCAAUCACGCCUGCCUUGGAGCUGAGCCUCACCGCCGCCUACAGUAUCCUGUACGCGCUGCUCUUCUUCUUCGUCUACCUGCAGCUGUGGCUCGUCCUGCGCUACGGAUACAAGCGCUGCAGCUACCAGACGGUCUUCUUGUUCUUGAGCUUGCUGUGGGCGGCGCUCAGGACGACCCUCUUCUCUUUUUACUUUCAAAAUGUGGCGCAGGCCGAACAACUCCAGCCGCUGACGUACUGGCUGCUCUUCUGCUGCCCGGUCUGCCUGCACUUCUUCACCCUUUGCCUGCUCAACUUCUACUUCUGGCAGGUGAUGUGCAAGGCCAAAGCCAAGUAUUCAGCGGAGCUGUCCAAAUCCAGGAUCGGGCUGUGUUUGUUGUUCCUGUGUGUCAGCGUAUUUUUCCUGGUGGUGAAUGCAACGUGUGCGUUGUUGGUGCAAGGAGCUUUGGAGAACUCCCAACUGCCAAGCGAUCGGAGUGUGAGGCACACCGCUGUGGCUGGCGUUCUGAUCAACGACAGUCUGUUUGUCCUGUGUGCCGUCUCUCUGGCCAUCUGCGUCUUCCGCAUCGCCAAGAUGUCCUCGGCCAACGUUUACCUCCAAUCCAAGGGGACAUCCGUGUGUCAAGCCACGGCUGUGGGAGCCCUGGCUGUCCUCCUCUACACGUCCAGAGCUUGCUACAACCUGGUGGUGGCGCUGUCCGUGCAGGAUGGACCCAAUCUCUGCAGCUAUACUUGGUGCAACCUUUCUGACCAGGCGAUGAGCGGCAAGGCCUACGUGGUGUUUGGCCUGGUUUUGUUCUUUUGGGAGAUGCUGCCCACCAGUUUGAUGGUGCUUUUCUUCCGAGUCCAAAGGCCCAAUCACAACCUGCUCGCCACGGGAAUCAUCGGCUCCGGGGACUCUUAUUUUGACAACCCAAGGAGGCGCGACAGUGAUGACGACCUCUCCAGGGGCAUCAACAGAGGCGAUCGUGCCAGUCUGCUCCCCUCCAGCGUGCAUGCGGGUCGCGUGUCAAGUUGGUUCGGUUCUAUCCAGCACAACGGGACUCUGGUGUCGACCCAGCUGCCGCCGCCCACCUCCACGGCCCCCCUCCUCUUCGCUUCCGGCAACGUGCAGAAUCCCGGCCACCACCACCACAACUACUACUCCACCCCACAGAGUACCCAGCAGCACCAAAGUUACUAUUACUCCACCCCGCAAAAGUAAAGCUCAUUUGCACCUCCUUCCCAAAAAACAAAGACCACUUUCCCUCCGUGUACUUUUGCAAAUAUCAAAGCAGUACCAGGAUGGACGCGCAGCAGAAGAGGUAGCGGUCAUAGUGGAGCCAUUUGCACAAAACCAGUUUUGCUAGAAGCUUUUGCAUCAUCUGCAUCUUUGUGGAUAGAUGAUUGUGUGUGUGUGUGUGUGUGUGUGUGUACAUCACCUCUCACUCUUUCACUCCUUCAGCACAGGGGGGUCCAAAGUGGGAUGCCCGCGCCUGAUUUGUUUUUUUAAUCCACCCGUGGAACAUUCUAAAAAUAUCAUUGAAGCAGAAAAUUUAAGCAAAAGCAGCAAAAAAUGGUAAAAAGAGCAAUCAUUUCUAUGACAAUAAAAGGAAGAAAAUUGACAAGAAGUUGAAAAAGUUGUAGUUGAAAAAUUAAAAAAAAAAAAACAGCAGAAAUGGGGUAAAACAGCUGUUGUUUUACAACAAAUCAAAAUAUGAGAAAAAAAAGUUUAUUCAAAUGAGAAAAAUGUUAUGAGAAUUCCGUCAUAAUGUUAUGAGGAUAAAUGUCGUUUUAUUAGCAUAAAGUUGAAAUAGUCACGAAAAAGUCAUUUUUUUUAAGUCGUGAUACGAGAAAUAAAGUAAACAAAAGUUGUAAUUAGGUUGCGGGAAAAGUUCUAAUUUUAUGGGAAUAAAGUCAGAACAUUACGGGACGAAAAUGUAUAAGGAGAAAGUGGAAAGAAACAGCAGAAAUGCACAAAAAACAGCUGCAAUUUUUACGAGAAUAAAGUCAAAAUAUCAAGAGGAAAAAAAUGAAAUUUUAUGAGAAUAAACUUGUGAUGUUAUGAAGAAAAAUGUCAUUUUAGUAGCAUAGAGUUGAAAUGCCAUGUUCAUUUUAAAAUUUGUAAUAUUAUGAAAAACAAAGCAAAAUGAGCUUGGGGAAAAAAAUUAUACUACGGGAAUAAAGUCCAAAUAUGGGAGUAACGUUACAAUAUGAGAAGAACAUUUACUACAAGAUAGUUACGAGAAUAAAGUCAAAAUAUUUACAGAAAAGUCAUAGUAACAAGAAAAAAGUCAAACUUUUACGAAAAUGUAAUCAGAAUACAAGGAAAAAUGUCAUUUUAGUAGCACAGAGUUGAAAUAUUAAAGAAAUAAUACAGUGUUUGUUUAAAGUCGUAAUAUGAGAAACAAAACUGUUAUUUUUGGAAAAGUAGCUUUGGGAUGAAGUUCAAGUGUUAUAGAAAUUAAGUCGGAAUAUUACGUCAGUUGAAAAAUAAAUAAGGAAAAAAAGCUGCAUAUAGUUGAAAUAUUCCAGAAAAAAAUGUACUUGUAAUAUUAAUAUAUGCCUAUACAUCCAUAUACAUGUUAUAUGUACGUGAUAAUGGUAUGUAUAUAUUAAUAAUAUAUACUCAAAAUAGGAAAGCAUUUUAUUUUAAGUCUUACUAUGAGAAACAAAAUCAAAUUUACAUUUUUGAUCAAAUUAGCUUGGGGAAAAUUUAUGAGAAAAAAAAAGUCUGGGAAUAAAGUCGUCAGAGAAGAAAAAAGUUGAGCUUUUUCCACUUCUCAGCAUAUUUGACGAAAUCUGAAAGUGGCAGAGUUGCAUCCUUCCAUUAUUGCUGCGUGGCCCUCACUGGAAACACCUUUGAUGUUCCACAUUUCAAAACAGUCCUGCCUGUCCCAGAAUUCCACAUUUUCCAGCUCAAAAAUUCCCACUAAUCACGUUUUUCCUACAUUUCUCGACUCUCUGAAAGCAUUCCAGCAUCAUAACAAUGACCCCAAUUCCAAAGAUUCCCACUUUUACCUUAAUUCCACAUUUUCCACCCAGCAUUCUAGUUCACCUUCAGCAUUCACACAUUUUCUACUCUGGUUGAAAAGGAGCUUUGCAGGUCAGAAGUGAAAUAUGACAUUAUAUGACAAUAUGACGUGUGUUGUUGAAUUGUUAUCCAAGUUGUCACUUUGGUUGUUUUUUUUUAACGCUGUGCAUUCAAGUCAUUCCAUAUUUGUGCAAGAAAGACAAUCAAUGAUGAAAAUGUUGUUAGACAUAUGUCAAUAAAGACUGAUGGCACUCUU